GUUUGUUUUUCAUUUCCCGGGCAAACGGUGCCACGCCAUUUCCAUGCCUGCGUGUUCGACCCAAAUGUCUUGGAAAAUCAUGACUUGGACUUCAAGGGAGUGUUCGUUUGAACGGUUUGAACUGACAGGCCGGGAAGGCAGUUUGUUCAAGUGGGGAGUGACUUUUAUGGGGAGGAAGCGCGGGAAACUGGAAGUUCUCCAACAAUGUUGCUCUCUCGCUCUUCUUGCCUUCUUUGCUUUGCGUGGCAUGCGGCAUUGAGAGAGCUCAUCAUGUUUCCUUGGGCUACUAGUACAUGAAGGCAACACUUUUCAAAAGCAAAGUUAGUCACUUAAAACCCUUCAACACGAUCACAAGCCACAUUGCAUUCCUAAUCCAUACUUUCAUUUUGCUGGGAAGUGAGCAUUCUUACAAUACUAAGAAGCGCAUACUCUCGAUACAUACACGAUACUUCAACAGUUCUCAACCUUCAGUGUAUACUUUGAAAUCAUCAACAUGGGUUGCUCAGACGUUAUAGUGUUUGGUGGUAGCUCCGACGACAUUGACACUCGUGGUCUUUAAAGAAACAUUCCUGCACUCUCUCAAGUUCCAAGCACUCUCAUUUGAACCCAUUACUCAAUCUCAUACUUGUCUAAAACAUGUGCCAAGAAGGCAACAACCCUAUUGGUAUCUCCAGCGGUGGAUGGGGUACCGAGGUGGACGAUACCCGAGGCCUAUGAAUCUCACGCCUAAUCCCGCAUUUCUCUCUCUUUCGCCAGGAGGAGUCAACAAUCCUCCUUGGCCGUGGUCGCCUCGACCUCCGUGGUUUGAGCUCCUGACUGCCCAACAUGAGUGCAGCCAUCCCAUGGGGCCAUCUGGACGGCCGACCUGGUCCCACCUCGGGAGACCAAGAGAGAGAUUCCACCAACUCCAACUCCAUGCUCCGCCUCGAGCGAAGACAACCUUCCCCGGCCAGGUUUUUCAUCGAUGGUCCAGGGAGGUUGUCUAACGCCCUUCAACUAAUGACUUCAGCUCUUAAUUCGGUCAGUUCUUCGGACGACACCCCUCUUCCCCUGACCCGAGAUCCGUCACCCACCCCAUCCCACUAUCACAAUCAAUCCAUUCGCGAUGAGGACGAGGAUGAAGACGAGGGAGAGGAGGAAGACAUUUCCAGCCCUUCCCCUUAUUCUUAUCCUUACCAAGAGGUUGUUCCUGACAACACUCAGAAUCACCAGGAUGAUCCUCCUCCUUCUGAGCAAACGCAUCUUGUCCACAACAACAUUAAGUCUGUGGCUGGCAAGACCAUCGUGGCCUCAGACAAUGAAGUCAGCAAUGGUUUUGUUAAGGAUGGGAAAAUGCUACCUUACGUUUUUGAAGCCAAUGAAUCAGGAACGAGAAAACGAUCCUCAAAAAUACUGCCAGUUUGCGGUGUUUGUGGAAAGCGAUUUGUCUGUGUUACAACCAUGAAACGACAUCUUGUCACCCACACGGGAGAGAAACCUUUUGCUUGCAAAAUCUGUGGAAAACAAUAUACUCAAAAAGGAAAUUUAAGGGUUCAUGAAAGAACUCACAGAAACGAUAGGCCAUUUGAGUGCAACAUUUGUCAUCAGAAAUUCUACAGAAAAGAGCCAAUGCAAAAGCAUCAGUGGCGACAACAUGGAGUAGUUCACUUCAAAAAUCGACCUCUGGGUGCGACUCCUUGCGAGACGCCCCCAAUUGCCCCACCAACUCCCUCGAUAUCACCAAAACCAACGUUGGCAAUGCCAGAAGGAAUUCUCUACAAUUCAAUUGUGGAUCGCAUCAAGAUUAACAGCAUGGACUCAUACAACCAAGAUUCCCGUUCCCUAAAUGGACCACCUCCACCACCAAGUUCUGGCUCAUUCCUGAACUUUACCCACACGCGCCCAGAGUCCAGAGCCUUGACCAACCCUCCGAUGUCUCCCGAAUCAUUCCAACCUGAAGAUCUAUCCGCGUCUAGAGCUAUUGACAAUCGAAGGGCGCCAUCUCCACCACGAAGAACCCACCUGAACUUACCAAUGAUUCCCGGCAAUAGAUUUUCCGCUCUUGUGCCAAAAUUAAUGUCUGCUAUAGAUAUACAGAACGAAGAAUUCAAGAAUGCCAAAUUCGAUACCAAUACAAGAGUGCCUUCUACCCCCACUGCAGCACACCACAUCACACUCUCGGAUGCGUUGUUGGAGCAUCAAAGCGACCGAGACGUUUUCUCCAAGUCUCACAUUUCCCCUUCUCAAAUUGAUCAUAAUCAUUCUUCCACGGCUGACCACCGCAACAUGAAUUUGGGCACAACUGUGGCUCAAGCUGAUUUAUCACCAAAUUCCAAGCUUUUGAACAUUCAUGAUCCAGAUGAACGUUAUCAGGAGAAGAAUGGAUCUCAAGUCCCCCAACAACAGGCACCGAUGAAAUUGAAAAAGAUAUUGGCCCAUGCGUACCAAAAGGAGGUUGAAGAACAACGUAAUGCCGAUGAUGAGCUAAAUCAACGGGCUGCUGAAAGUCACUCAGUCCGUCCUGAGGCCAGAUAUACUAAAAAUGGAGCCUUAAACAGCAAUGAAGAACCUGCAACCCAUCGGGGAGAAAAAGAAAUGGUUGAAUGUCAAUGCAAAUCCUGUGGCAAUGUCUUCACAGUUCACGACCCUUACAACUUCAGGUGCUCUAACUGCAAUGCCAAAUACACUUCCCUACCCACGCACAUGAUUGCAGAUCCACUUCAAUGUAUUGGAUGUUGCCAGGUGUUUCCUCAUAAGCCAGCUUUGAAGGCCCAUCAAAUGUGUGAAGAGAAGGAACGCCCUUUCCGUUGCUGCAAGUGCGGUUACGGAUUCCGACAAAAGGCACACCUUCAAAAACAUCAAUGGCGCAUCCACCGUCGAAAGUUGGAGCCAGACCAAUCAAUGAGGGAGGCAGAAGCUAUUUUCUUGGCCAUGAAAAAUGUGGUGACCAUACCAAAGACGAACACAACUCCACCGCCAGCACAACUACCAUCGUCACAGAACUUGACGCUACAACCAAGUGUUACCAUCACUGCAACGACAACCCCAUUGAUGGUUACAGUAGCUUCCCAAGAGCACGCAAACCAAAAUGAUGUUUCCAGCCUUCCAGCAUCACCAGAAAAUUCCAAUGCGUGCGCCUCUCCAAUGGUCGAGCAAGGUAGCCAACCUCUGGACUUAUCCCCAACUAAGCCUUCAGCUCUAAGUAUUACCGUCAGUACUGGUCAGCCUUCUUCUUCCUUGGACCACUCUGGCCACUCUGAAUUAGGCCAGCCUUCUUCUUCCUCUCAACCUGUCUAUCUUCUUAGGGUAGCCGAAGGCAACCCUUUGCUCAAUCAGCAGAUAUCACUGCCCGAUAACUCAUCUGCCACUUAUCCUUCACAAUCAUCUUCCAAUGGCCGGUCCAUUUCGGCCUGGAAGAAGCAACGUACCUGUUCUGACCCACCGCCGACAAACCACUCAGAAAAUACUCAGAUUGAUAAUAUUAUGCACCAUUCUCAUGCAACUGAUUUGUCUGCCAAGGAACCAAUAUCCACCCAUCGGACUUUACCCCCCAUUGCCACGUUGCAGCAACCUCUCAGUUCGAACUUGCGAGCCCAUACAUCGGCGAUUUCUCCAAAUUCAUUCAAACAUUCCAGUUGGCUGUCAGCCGGACGACAAGAGACCUCUUUGACGACAAACACAUCCAGAAACUACUCCAGACCUUACUCCAUGCCCAACAUGAGCACUAACGACUCUCCCAGACCCAUAGAUUCAGACAAACUGACGACAGAAUCCAGUCACAUGGUUAGACAUGACCUCCUACGAGACCCACACAACAUUCGAACAGUUUAGGAAUGGAAAGCUUUCACUGAUUGCCGUAAAAUUACAAUUUCCCCUCACCCUUCAAUUUCCCCCUUUUGCAUUGGCUACUUCUGCAUUAUAAGUACUAAUUCCUUAGCUGUGAUACUUGUUAGCUAUGGCAGACAAACAUUACCCUAAUUUUUGUGAUCUGUUAUACAUACAAACCUUCCGUCAGAUGUAUAUAACCAACCUUUUUGAUCUGGGUGAUUGGUACGAGGGACAUGCCAUGACACUUUGACCCCUUCUUCUCUCUAGACUCCGCGUAAAAAAAUUACCCGCCUUGCCACGUUGGCAAACGACCAAACAAGCUUGGCAAAGACAACCCAGACUACUCUGACCAGACGUAAACAUUGAACGAAGCUCUCGCAACCUUUUUCUCUGUUGACAAAUUAACUCCUGACUCCUGAAAUUGACCUUUGACCAACGCUUGUUGACUGCGGGGUAACUUUUUCACUUGGCUUCUGAGAUGGCAGAGUCUCGUGGAUGGUCUUCAAUCUUACUCUUUUAUAUUUAUUUAUUUUUCUAAAAGGUUUUGGUUCUCCAUUUUGUACCACAAUUAUGUUUUGGGUGCUUUGGUAAUGGUAACUUUUCAUUUUCGCAAUCCCUGUUGGAACAAAAUGACAGCAUAUAUAUAUAUAUAUAUAUAAAUAUAUUUUUACAUUUUUAUCCUCAUAUAUGUGAAAAAUCAGUUAUGCGCUCUAAAAAUACAAAAUUGUAAAAUUACUGCUACAUCAUA